UUUUUUUUUUUUUUUUUUUUCGUUUCUUUCGAAUCUAGGAUUAAGCUUUUCGCAAGCCCAUCAAAGCGGAUCGACAAUCACGCGUAGGAGAAAACACGAGUGGCAAACCGACCCAAUUCCACAAGCGGAGCUUUUCGAAGCUCUUCCUCUCGCUCUAACUCCCGCCUCGCGUGGAAUAUCUCCCCCUCGCGCACAAUAAUGCUCGCGACGGCGGCGGCGACGCUCCCGAGAGUAGAGGAAAACUAGAAGAGCCGAGACAGUGAAAUCGGCCCUCGCGACGCCUCCAGUUCGCGUAAACGCGUCUCGCCGCUCUCUCGCUCAUUAUCCCCGAAUACGUUCGCCUCGGGGAUUGAAAUUCGCGGAUAUUGAAAUUUAUUAGCCGAGUGCUUAGUGCCAAAGUCGAGGAUUCGAACGAGUACAUUGUGGGCUUCGAAAAUCGGCGAUAUUCGAAAGAUUCUAAGCGACACGCUUUUUCCCAGCGGUUCCCACCGACAAUCCUGGCUUCUUUGUGUUCACCUGGUUGCCAUCGCCGCCACGAGGCUGCUGGUCGGGAUUAAUUUUGGUCCGCUGAUUAAUCCGAGAGACACCGAGCGCUCGCGACGACGUUCGAUUUAUACGUGAAAGUGAUCGAUUUUUCGCGCGUGUGACCUCGUGAGACUGGAGUGCGCUGACCGCUGGAGGAGUCGGGAUCGUUAGGAUUGUGAAAUGGCCGAAAACAUGGACGACGCCGACGAGAUGGGGACCACCGUCGAGUUGUUCGUCUACGACCUCACAAAGGGCAUGGCUGCCAUGAUGUCUCAGAUGCUCAUAGGUCGUCACCUGGACGGCAUAUGGCACACGGCGGUAGUCGCCUACGGCCGGGAAUACUUCUUCGGGCCCCUUGGAAUCCAGAGCGUUAGACCGGGUGGCACGGAACUGCAGGAGCCUCAGAAAGUCGAGAAGAUCGGCCAGACCUACCUGCCCUACUCCGUCUUCUGGGAGUACAUCAACGGACUCGGCACCAGCAAGUUUGCACCCGGAACGUACAACUUGUUCAAGCACAACUGCAACUGCUUUACCGAGGAGGUGAGCAACUUCCUCGUGGGCACCGGCAUACCCAAGUACAUCUUGGACCUACCCGAGGAGAUUCUACAGACGCCCGUCGGACAAGCGCUCUUUCCAUUAAUAGAAAACCUGAGCAAGGGUGCCACCGCUGGCUUUACGGUCGGACAGAGAUUCGUCGAGGCGAGAAUACACAGAGAGGACUCGCCCGAGUACCAGUCGCUCAACAGCGAGAUCGAGCAGGCUAGACUCAAUUCCAUCGCCUUAGAGGAGAAGAGGAACGUGAUAAACGAGAAGCUCGCGAAGAAGGAGCGAAAGAAGAAAAAGAAGGACAAGAAAAAGAGGGAUAAGAGCAGCAGGGAUAGCGGUAGCGAAAGCAACAGCACAGGUCCGACCAACUGCACAGCCAUGGCUGACGGCGAAAGCACGGUAGCCGAGAUGCCGAGCCACGCGAACGGCGACGCGCAGGGCGCGGAGAUGCUACCGUCCGACCGCAUCCUGGAGAUGGAGGCCGAGGAGAAGCGCGAACAGGAGGAGCUGAAGCAGCGUCGCGACCCACCCAUCGUCUUCAGGGAUCACGUCGACCCGGCUGCCGAACUCGAGCAGUUCAGGCUCCUCCUCCAGGGCAAGCUCGACGAGAACGAGAUGCUCAGCGUCGACGAGCUGCAUCAGUACGUGCUAGAGAACGAGGGCUCCUGGGCGCUCGGCGACAAUUUCCUCAACUUUGUCGGAAGAGUGUUCUACGACAAAACCCUCGACAGCAAAGCUCGGGUCUGCCUGCUCAACAUCCUGUGCAUCGCCGCGCUGAAGGAUGACGUCAUCCUGCUGCUGCACCAAGACAGACGGGAGCACACGAUCAUGAAUUUCGCCUACGACAUUGAUCGUCAUCCCCUGGAGGAGCAGUUGCCCCUCGCUCAAUUCAUCGCCAACUUGUUCGAGAACCUGAGCAGUUCCGAGUGGCUCAUGUACAUCUCCGAGUGGCAGCACCAGAACCAGAGCAUCAGCAACAUCCGGGUGACGACGAAGGUCGCGGUGCACUCGCUGCUGUCGGAGUCGGAAGAGCUUCAGACUCGUGGCACUGCUAUCAUCCACAAUCUCGCCUGCAAGGAGAAAAUGAACAAAAACAUAGGUCUCCGGCAGCUUUUACCAAAAGGCAGCAUUUCCAAGGUGUUCGACGACGUGGCCGUGGAGCUGACGAUGGCGCUGCUUCAGUAUUUCAACGGUACCCCCGCCGAGGAGCAACUGUACGCCUGCAUGAAGUCGUUGGCCCGCUUCACGCAGAUAAGCGGCCAAGAGGUGCCGCAACUGAUACAGAUGAUCGGCCCGGAGCCCGCCAAAUUCCGCGGCUGCUCGCAGAGGAUCGACGAGCUUAUCGACCAAAUCAACAAGAAGCUCCGCCUGCACUAGAAGCUGGAUUGAAUUUCUUUUUUAGAUCUUACUUGACACUCUCACUCUCUAUUUUUAGACAGCCCGCUCAUGCAGUGCGGCUGUCGGGGGUACGAGGCAGUAUAGCGCGCGCUUAUUUUUAACAGCCGGAUUAAUUGUCUUGUCGAUAAGCCAGGAUUUCAUUUCAAGAUUCGGUAAAUAGAGACGGCUCGGAAGCGUUGAUUUAUAGCGAGUCGGAGGAAAAAAUCAAUCACUGCUAGUCGUUGAAGCAUUAAACUAGUUUGGAGCAGAAAUGCUUGCUUCCUGCUUAUCUUUUGAAAAUCCAAUUUUAAGCCGUGUUUGCGCAGCUAUUUCUAGUUGUAUCAAAGCGCGCGCAACCGCGUGACGACUCAAGCUCAAAUUUACAUACAGAUGAUGCAAUAUUUUAUUCGAUGUAUUUAUCCAAAGUCCGCGGAAAAAUUUUGAUAAUAGUUUGCGCGUACUGGCUCGUAUCCGAGUUUCCGCGCUGACGGAAAUUUCGAGUACAUGGACGAAGACAUGUUAUAAUUAUUAAUUAAUUAAUUGUUACGAUUUAUUAUAAUGAUUAUUUGUUAUAUAAAAUGGAAUAAUUUUCACUUGUGAAAUAGAGGUUUCUUCUCUUUUUACCGUCGAUUUUUUACACUUAAAACCGUUUCUCUUACUUCAGUGCAGUAAUGUAUAAAUAUAUUCAUAGUUUGUUCGCUUGCCUUUGUUCACGCGUUUUAUCGCAUUAAAAGGACACAACAAAAUUAAUCUUAUACAUUAUGUUAACGUAAAAAUUAGCCGUUUGGACGCGACAUUGACACGUUAUAUCUAGGGAAGAGUUUUUUGCAUUUUACGAGGCGUCAACGAUAGUAAAUUAUAGAUAAAUUAACCGCGCAUCAGCUAGCCUGCUAAUUGCCUAAUUAAUGUUACGAACCGAGUUCUCUCGAUUUGACUUUCAGUUAUUCGUAUGCGAGGUAGAAGCCACACUAAUAUUAUACUAUUAUUAUUGCGAACUAUGGGUUGAAAAUGUUCGAUGCGGAGAAGGGUGAAAAUUAAUAGCACAGACUGAGGGCAAUAUCUGUUGUGAAAUAUGAUUUUCUUUUGUACUGGUUUCAUGCUCAACGCUGUUCUAUAUAUAGAUCAAUACGAGGUUGGUUUGCAUUGUAAAAAAAAUGUAUUAUACUAUUUAAGAAUUGUACACGUAUGAGUAGAUCUUGUGGCAGUCUAAUGGUUAUAAUUAAUAAAAGGUACACUGAAAUAAACAAAGUUUUUAGAAA